GCGGCAUAACCCGGACGUAGCUGCUAACCCGGAAGGGGUUGCAUUAGGGCUCUGGCGGCAGUGGUGCCGGGAGCUGCCGGUUUGCAGUCCGCUGCUGCGCUGUCAUGAACGCCCCUCCUGCCUUCGAGUCGUUUUUGCUCUUCGAAGGCGAGAAGAAGAUCACCAUUAACAAGGACACCAAGGUACCCAAUGCCUGUUUGUUCACCAUCAACAAAGAAGACCACACGCUUGGCAACAUCAUUAAGUCGCAGCUGUUGAAGGACCCCCAGGUAUUGUUUGCUGGUUACAAAGUCCCCCACCCCUUGGAGCACAAGAUCAUCAUUCGUGUGCAGACCACACCAGACUACAGCCCCCAAGAGGCCUUCACCAAUGCCAUCACAGACCUCAUCAGCGAGCUCUCCCUCCUGGAAGAGCGAUUCCGGGUGGCCAUCAAAGACAAGCAAGAAGGCAUCGAAUAGUAGGCUGCACGGAGCCUUGCUUGGCAAGUUCCCAUCCUGUGCUGGGCCCUUCUCCAGGCACCAAGUGGGGGAGAGCAGCUUUUUGGAGAUAUCCUGGUGAGCCCCCAGUAUCAACACGUCCUGGAUAUAGAUUCUAUUUUUAUCUUCCUAAUAAAGUGUGCCCAGAAAAUACCUGGA